CCGUCUCCCUCCGCGCGCGUGCGGGACCGGCACCACGUGACUCUCGGGGUGCUGGGGGCGGACGGGAGGGAGCGGCGUGAAAUCCACAUCCGGUACCAGUUGAAAGAUGGAUGAUGAUGACUUUGGAGGAUUUGAGGCAGCAGAGAGUUAUGAGUGUGGAAAUGGUGAAAAGCAAACUACAUCCCCUGCUAUUGCUUGGGCAGCAUUUCCUACAGUAUGUGAAGUCCAUGUAUCUCCUGAUGUUCUUCUGGAGCACUCUGUGUUGCCUUCCUCCGUGAUUCCUUAUGACUCAUUCAGUGUAUCAAGUGAUAAUGUGGCAACAGCUAUUCAAACAGCCAACAAUGUUAUAAACCCAGCGGUUCUUGAAGAGCAGAUUCAAGCAGAUAUUCCAGCUGUUUCUUUGAAUGUAAUUGAAGACAAGACUUUAGUUACCUCAGCCAGUGCUUUGGUUGACGCUGAGACAAAGAGAACAAAUGAACAGAAGAGCUACCUUCAACAAGCUGUUGCAAACCUAGAAAGCAAGCUUUGCACUGCUGAAGAAGACAAAUUAAAAAUGAAAAAGGAAUUGGAACAUUUACUGGAAAAACAUAAUAUUCUGGAAAUUGAUUUAUUGAAGGAAAAAAAAGAAGAAGUAAUUUCACAUCAAGAUCAUUACAAGAUGCUCCAGGAAAAGCAUAAACAGGAAUUAGAAGACAUGAGAAAAGCUGGACAUGAAGCCUUGAGCAUUAUUGUUGAAGAAUUCAAGGCACUGCUACAGUCUACAGCUCAACAGCAAGAAGCAGCUAUUGAAAAACAGUAUAUACUAGCAAUUGAAAAACAUUCUCAAAAAUGUGAAGAACUUCUUAAUGCUCAGCAUCAGCGACUUCUUGACAUUUUGGAAGCAGAGAAGGAGGUGUUAUCAGAAAAGAUCGAAGAAGCUUUGAUGCAGCAGUCACAAAAACACAAGGAAGUGCUUGACAAAUGUUUGGAUGAAGAAAGACAAAGAAGUAAGGAGGCUGUGGCUGCUGCUGCAAAGGCUGAAAAAGAAGUAGUGCAAGAGGCUGUUCUGAAAGCAGUAGAGGAGGAGAGGAAAAAUAUGGAGAAGAUUCAUGCAGAAGAAAGAAAAAUGUGGGAAGCAGAACGUGACAGACAGAAAGAGAAGAUUGUCCAGGCUGUUUGGGAAACCAUGCAAGAGCAAAGAAAGCUUAAUCAAGAAAUUGUUAAAGAAGCAUUAAUGGAGGAGCAAAACCGAAGUGAAAAGGCAAUUGAAGAAGCAGUGAAAAGGACCAGAGAGGAACUGAUGGAAUAUAUUAAAGAGCAGAAAAGGAAUCCUAUUGGACUCAUUCACUAGUGUGGAUUAGUUGCAUGAAGGAAAAAAACCAAUAAAACCUACAUGGUAUAAAAAUUGUACCAAACAAACCCCUCACAUUUGAUUUUUCCUCAAAGAGGGACAUCUACCAGUCAAAAUAUGAGAAGAUAUUUGUGAGUCUGUCGUUAACACUGUAAUGUUCUGUUGAACACUGGCUUUGCUGGCCAAUUAGUUUCUUACUUUGUUAGUACAGUAUAUGUGAAGAACACUAAUGCUAAGUUGCAAUAGUCCAUUUCAAUGAAUUAUUACACACCAUGAAUGGGAGCAGGAGGAGUCUACCAAAGCCAAGGUUUUAAUCAUAAAAGAUAUCCCGUAGUUUUUCAGAAAUAAUUUUUCUCUAGAUCUGUUUAGAAAGUGCCUACAGAUUUAAAAUGCAGUCAUUUAUCCACUUAGCACUGAAGUUCAGGCCAUUAUUCAGAAAGGCUGGAACUGUAUUUUGUAAUGCAGACUGGACUGAUGCUAAAAUGAUUUAAAGAAAAUAUUAUAUAUUAGUACAGAUGUACAUAUAAUUAGGACAAACAGAAAUACCUAAAUGUGAGUUCAGUUGCAACAUCAAUGGUUGAUUCUAAGCAAGCAGUUGCAUUACAUCUGGAUUAACUGCUCAAUGGGCAACCCAGUAUAUUUUUAACAUCAUAUUGGCUAUGUGGAAUGAAAUUAUCAAAAAAUCAUAAUCUGAAGUAUGUUUAUAAUAAUUUGUUAAUUUAUAUUUACUGUGGGUUUUUUAAAAAAAUACGUUCUUUAGUUAGUUAAUUCAUAAAAUAGAAAACAAUAUGGAAAAUAAGAAGUAGGAAUUAUAGUUAGUUGGCGAACAGCAAAUAGACAAAGCUUUUGUAUAUUUAUCAAUAAUGAUACAGAAAUAGAAGAUAAAAUUUGACAAAUAUUGCCAAAAAAAUCUCCGUUGCUUUUACCUACAAUGUUAAAAUGUCUCCUUGCCUACUGAACAUUACUUAGAAAAAGGACAGGAAACAUAUAGGGUGGCUCCUACUACUAGUCCUUUGAAAAAAAAAAUUUAAUGAUGCUAUGACAAUGUCUAUAAAUACUUGUGGCUAAUCAAUACUCAACGUCAAAUAAUUACGUUGGUAAUGAAUCCUAUUCAACAGCUAAGAAGUAGCUGCUUGUAAACACUAAAUAAAUGGAAAGCGUUUAUAUCAGCCUCACUCAUCUGGGCCUACUAAAUGCCAUCUUCAGAACACAUUCUCUUACACAUCAGUCUCUUGUGUUUUCAGUUCCCUUAAGCAUUCAUUUUGCAUUUGAAUGUUUUCUUGAUAUACAACUUUGCAUGAGUUUUAUAAGAAAUUAACAAGACUCAAAAGCUGAUUUCUGAUUUUCUGAUCUCUAAGAAAAGUGCUCUGCGUCAUUAAAUUAUAUUGGCAUGAUUAUUUUUUUAUUUUACAGUGUACAUAUGUGUGAUCAACUAUGAAAAAUACCAGUAAUACAAGUAAAAUUAAAAACUUCUUACUCAACGGCUUUGCUCUUUUUAAUCUCUCGUCAUUCUAUUUGUUGAAUCUCAUUAUAAAAAGAAGAUUGCAACUUUUACUCGUUAGUAUUACAGAACCAGAAUAGUGAGCUGAACUGUAUUUGAAUACAUUACUCAUCAGAUUAUCUUUUGAAGUACAGGCAAAUUGUUCAAUACAUAUUUUUAUAAUUUUUCUACAUCUAUUAAUAUAUUUGGUUUUGAAAAUUUUAUUGUCUGAGGAACAAUUUGGAAAAACACACUUUAAAACAUCUUGCUAUUCAUACAAAAGGAACAAUUCAAGUGGCACAUAUAACAUUAAUUUUGCUUUCUUCACUUUUCUGGGUGAUCUCCAGACCACAGUGAGACUAAUAAUGAAACAUGUCUUUACUAUGGUGAGAUCAGAAUUUUAUCCUUAAAUCUUCAGUAAUAAACCUAAAACUAUAUUUUCCGUAAGAUAUUUUAUUAGUUAGUAGUCAUGGAUAAUAUAAUUCUGACAGGUAGCAGUUAUUUAUAGUGGUCUGACUGGGUUUCUCUUCUAGCAAUUUGAAAUUUUGAACAAGUUGGAGCAUAUUUAAUAGAGGAAGCCAAGUGCAUAUGCCAUGAAAAUAUAGCUAUUUGCAGGUAGAUGUUACAAGGGGAAAAUAUGAAGGAUAUGCAUGCUCCGUUAUUUAUGUGGCAAAUUAUUUUGCACUUCCAUUCCAUUUUACAGAAAAUCCGAGCUGCAUGCGAUAAAAGCUAAGAAAACAUAGAGCUGAGAAUAAUUGUUAACUUUGGUUUGAGCAGUGGGUUUAUGAAGUGAUGCAGGGCAAGAUGGAUUGACUUUAAAAUAGAGCAGCCUGGGAUGAAAGCAGUCACCUGGUGGCAGCAUUUUGCACAGUUAUGUGUGAGCCUUUCUUUUUAUUUCCCAAGUCAAAUUCCUGCAUCCAGUGAUAGGAGUUGUGCUGAGGCCUACGCCUCGCUUCAGGGCCUCCUUGCGUGUCUCACAGGCACGUCAUUCUGGAUGGUCUAGGGAUAAUAUGCCUGAGGUGGGAACCUACAGGGAGUCUCAUCCAGUUGUCUUUGGCCAGAAGGAUGGUGGAAUCACUCUUAGACCUUAAAAGUGGACUGAAGAUUUAAACAGAAGGGAAAAAAUCCAGCAGUUAAUGUGUUAGAAUGUCCUGCUCAUUUAUUGAAAAUUAAUGUCUCUCAAUGACUGUAGGAGUUCCAGGAGUGUUAUAGGCCCUGGGGAGCUCAGGAACUAUUUUUCCAAAUCUUACGUAGCCAAUUCCUCAGUAGGUUCCAUGCAAGUACAUAGCAAAGCAACUUCUGGUUCUUAAAAAAAAAAUAAAAAUCUGUACAGAGUUAAACUGUUGAGUAACUUAAAAUAAUGAAGUUCAGAAACAUUAAAACUUUGAGCUAAUUAAACCUGUGCUAAUAGGACACAAUGUACAGAAUAGGGAACUUUGAACUGGAUAGCUUUCACAUGGUGGAAGAGAAUCAUUGACUAGUAAUAACAACAAUGAUGGUACAACGUAAAAAAUUGCCUUCUCACAUGGUAGAUCUGGACCAACACAGUGCAUUUUUCAGUAUCUAUAGAAUUAGAACAUUUGGGAUGGUUUGGUUGUGCAAAUGCUCAAUCCCUAAUACGUUACUCAUACAGAUUACAUUUGCAUAUGAGUCACUUUUAGUUUGAAUUUGCCAGAUGUAUGAGAUCACUCCAUGAAGUGAACAGGACCUAAAAAUAUAGAGGAAAGGCUGUUUAGAAAAACAAGAUUUAAAAUGCCUUGCUUACAUAUUUUCACAACUUAUGGUAUAUUGUGCAAGCAGAAGCACAGCAAUGUUGAGACACUGUUCAGAAAAAAGUGUCCAUUCCUAACACUUCAUUAAACAGUAUAUUAUAUGACAAGACUUCAUUGGUUUUGUUUCUGUUUCCCAGUCAAUUUCUCUAUUAAUGGGAAUGUUCUUCUUUUGAAUACCUUCAAAUGUAUUGUUUUCAAAGCCAGCGUAAUUUUGCUGCUUCUCAUUUUGUGUUAUGUGAAGAUCCCGAGUCUUUUCAGGGUGUUCUAUCAUUUACUGCAGCAUGGAAUGUGCUGCUUAAGGCAAAGCUUAUACAUACACUGAGCAGACAAGGGCAACUGAAUUCUGAAUUUUUAUGUUAUUGAAUUUACAUAAACUUUUAACAAGCAAUAAACUUUUCUUAUGCACAAAGGGAGGCUACCAACUAGCCACUUGAGUUCAAAUGUGUACUUAAGUCAUUUGAGACUUUUAAAAUCUUUCUCUUGAAGAAAUUCUGUUUUGUUCAUAUUCCAGCCAAUCACUGGACACAUUAAAUAUUUACAUUGGUACUUGGUGAAAUAAAUUGAACUGUAUACAAUUUGAAAUUGCCGCCUUAGGAAAGAAAGUUCACAGCAGUGUAUCAGAACAUGCACUUGGUGAGCUACUUCGAUCUCUUUAAAGCAGAAUCUGCAAGGAAAGGCUACAAGAAAAUAAAAUUGAGAGUUUAACCAAACCUCGAUGAAGAACUAUCUGGGAGUAUAGAUGAUAUAAUACGCAAAAAAGGAAAACAGCAAGAAUCAGUUUCAUGCUAAGCUCCUCCAAAUGAUAUAUCUACCAGAAGCAACAGAAUUUGAUGAGAAUAUGUUUAGAGAAAGAGGUUUCUCGUGUUCUUUAAGAUGUAAUGGAUAUUUUUUAUGAAUUGCACUAUAUCUGCCCAUUCCUCAGACAAAUAUGGGUCAUAAGCACAAAAACAUCUGCAAGCUUUCCCAUGAAAAAUACUCUUUAUA